CACGGUUUCCACACGGUUUAGAAAAAUGAAUAUGCUCAGCAGCACAGGGCAAGCUUUUCCUUCCAACCUCCCUUUUUAUGCCUGCCAAUUCCUCCUCGCUCCCAAAACGAAAAUCCAGGCUGCCUGCAUAUGUGUAACCAAAGGUUAAAAAGCACCCCGGCUGACACCACGCAUGUGUUAAUCUGUGCUGCAGCACAGUGCAUCAUUUCCACUUUGACCUCAGAGUUAAUCUGCAUUCAGGCAGACGCUCCAUUGCUUUAUUCUUUCUUUUCUUUUUCCUCUCAUUUACUCGUUCUCCCGGUGCAUCGGAUUUUGUUGCAUGUGUAGGAGUGAUCCUGUAAACGUGUGCAUGUUUGUGCUUCUCCUUCCCUUAGCUGCUUUUAUUCCGCGAGUGUGUGGAUGUGGUUUUUUUUUUUUUUUUUUCCCUCCCUGUUACAUUAUUCCUCUCGAUCUGGAAGCUGCUGCCUGCUGCCUGAGCUGACAUUUUUUGAUUAUAUCUGCAAAGGGCUUGUGCGGAUCUAAUUUCUGCCCCCCCCCUGCAUAUUAAUUCCCGCAGCUGGGCGCAAUGUAUCAUCCUACUGACGGGACCUGCUAGGGAGGGGGGGAGAACCACUACCAAAAAAAAAAAAAAAAUUUAAGAAGGGGACGGAUCCAUCUGCAACCAAGAGGAAAGGGGAAAAAAAAAAGAGGGGGGGAAAAAACAGAGAUGAUUCCUCCAAAUCCAACAAGCCUGGGCAGCCCUGCGCUCUUGAAUCCUGCAUUUUCUCUCAAAAUGAUGGUGCGGGCACUUGUGCUGCUCUCCCUCAUCCAGCGCUCCACCCAAAAAGGAGAUGAUGAUUAUGAAGAUUACACCUCAAAUAAGACUUGGGUUUUGACUCCCAAAGUCCACGAGAGUGAUGUCACUCUUAUUUUAAACGGCUUGCUGGAAGGAUAUGACAACAAGCUGAGACCUGACAUAGGAGUUAAACCAACAGUGAUUCACACUGACAUGUAUGUAAAUAGCAUUGGGCCGGUGAAUGCUAUCAAUAUGGAAUAUACAAUUGAUAUAUUUUUCGCCCAAACGUGGUAUGACAGACGUCUGAAGUUCAACAGCACUAUAAAAGUGCUCAGAUUAAACAGCAACAUGGUUGGGAAGAUCUGGAUACCAGACACAUUCUUCCGAAAUUCCAAGAAAGCUGAUGCCCAUUGGAUAACAACUCCUAAUAGGAUGCUCCGGAUCUGGAAUGAUGGCAGAGUGUUGUACACACUAAGGCUGACAAUCGAUGCUGAAUGUCAGCUGCAGCUACACAACUUCCCCAUGGAUGCUCAUUCCUGCCCACUGGAAUUUUCAAGCUAUGGUUACCCAAGAGAAGAGAUCAUUUACCAAUGGAAGCGCAGCUCAGUGGAGGUGGGAGACACCAGGUCCUGGAGGCUUUACCAGUUUUCCUUUACGGGAUUAAGAAAUACAACUGAGGUGGUGAAGACUACUUCAGGAGAUUAUGUAGUCAUGUCUGUCUAUUUUAACCUGAGCAGAAGGAUGGGUUAUUUCACUAUUCAGACUUACAUUCCCUGCACACUUAUUGUUGUGUUGUCCUGGGUUUCCUUCUGGAUAAACAAGGAUGCCGUUCCAGCUAGGACAUCACUGGGUAUCACAACUGUCCUGACAAUGACCACCCUAAGUACAAUUGCUCGCAAAUCUCUUCCAAAAGUCUCCUACGUGACAGCAAUGGAUCUUUUUGUGUCAGUUUGCUUUAUUUUUGUGUUCUCUGCACUGGUCGAGUAUGGAACUUUGCACUACUUUGUCAGCAACAGAAAACCAAGCAAGGAUAAAGACAAAAAGAAGAAAAACCCACUUCUUCGGAUGUUUUCCUUCAAGGCCCCCACAAUUGACAUCCGGCCUCGAUCAGCUACUAUUCAAAUGAACAAUGCUACACACCUCCAAGAACGGGAUGAAGAAUACGGGUACGAGUGUCUCGAUGGCAAGGACUGUGCCAGUUUUUUCUGCUGCUUUGAGGAUUGCAGAACAGGCGCCUGGAGGCAUGGCAGAAUACACAUCCGCAUCGCCAAAAUGGACUCCUACGCCCGCAUCUUCUUCCCUACGGCCUUCUGCUUGUUUAACCUGGUGUAUUGGGUAUCAUAUCUUUACCUUUAAAAGCAGAAUGAGAUCAGUGAUACGAGCCUUACUCACUGAAUUUCUUAGAGAGAUGGUUUCCUUUCUAAGUCCACUUGAAGUAUUUAUGAUGCGCUUUAUAGUGGUCUGAAUUCUUUAGUGCCAUAACCCGGUAAGUAUUGAUCACACCAUUUGUCCAGAAACUGCCAUCAGGUUAUUGUGAAUUAAAUGUCCAUUCAACAUGUUGAAAUAAUUUGAAAU